AUGGACGUGCUCGACGUGGGCGUGGACGACCUGGUGGCCCGGGCGGUAGAGGAGGAGGAGGCGCUGCUGGCGGCCGAGGCAGCGGCGCAGGCGGCUCCGCAUCCAGAGCCGGUGCCAGGAGCAUACGGAUACAUUCCAGAGUCGGUAGCAGUGGCGACAGUGGUGGGAGCGGCGAGUGGCGGAGUAGGGCGGACAGGCGAGGCCGUGCUGGAUGCGGUGCUGAAUCUGGACGACGGCGCGCAGGUCAAGGCGGCGGACAUCGGCAUCACCGCUGAGACAGAGUCGGACGAUGGCAGUGGUGGGGGUGUUGAGAGCGAGAGCAGGGGCGGGAAUGGGAGCAGAGGUGAAGUGGCGGGGCUGGUGAAGAUGCAGUCGAUGUCGCUGACGGCAACGGCACUGGUCAAGGCCGCGGAACGCGCGCAUGGCCUGCGGGUGGACGACGUGUCGUCGGCGGGCGAGAUCCUGGCGGCAGUGCAGGAGCUGGUCGCUCAGUAUCCGCCGCGGUAUGCGUCGGCACUGUCGAAUGUCAAGGUGGGGGCGUUUGGCAUCAAGCGGAGCGAGCCGCUCGCCGACGCGCUCCGCAAGGCCGCACGCAUCAUCGACGAUCCGCAGCCCAUCACCUCUGUCGAGGCCGUGUACCUCGUGCUGCUUCUGACGACCAACAUGCAGGGUGUGCUUCGAGUUCCCAUGGUGGUCGUCUCACGACGAAAGGGCGAGCGAUACGUAUCGUCGUAUCUCAUGCUGCGGCACGGCGGUGCGUACGGCCUCACCGGGCAGUCUGUAGUGCCCGAGGGCUCGGACUCGCUGUUCAAUCUGGCAUUUGCGCACGGCGACGUGCCAGGGCUUCUCACUGCGCUGCUCGCCAUCUACAACCACCUCGACCAUGAAGUGGCCGCCAUCCACCUCGGGCUGCCGGUCCCGCACGACCGCGGGCGCCGCGCGCCGGUGCAGUGGAAGUACCUCUCGCUCCUGCUCGUCCGCGAGGGCGUCGAGGUUGCGAUGUCGCGGGCCCACAUGUACGAUGCUUUUCUCCGCAACAUGGAGUCGUCGCUGCAACUGAUGUGGCGCAAGUCGAUGGAGGAGAUGGAGCGAGUCGAUCUCAUCAACCGCGGGUCGUACAUGCUCAAUGCUGCGCGGCGCAAGCCACUUCGCAAGCGGCUUGCCCGCAAGUGUGAGGGCUACCGGGUCAUCAAGGUCGUCAAGGGCCUUCGUGCGUCCGAGCUCGACGCCGAGCUCGACGACGCCGCGAGUGUGACUCGGUCCGCCGACGAGGUCCAUGCCAUUGUCAAGCGGCUGACGUCGAACCACAACAGGAUCCGGCUCAAUGAGCACCGUCGCUGUGAGUGUCUUGACUGCGUCCAGUACAAGCCGCCGGCCCGCGAGCGGUUCACCAUUGAGUCGGCAACCUCGCCGAGUGCGACUGGAGGCAAGCCAGUGGCGUUCGGGCGCGACCGCGGCGCCACGCUUCGGCUUGUCACCUACAACCUGCUCUCGGCAUACAACUCGCACCCGGACGACUUUGACUACUGCUCCGACGAGGUUUUCGACUGGCGCUACCGUGCGCCACGGUUGCUGGUUGAGAUCCUCGGCUACGACCCGGAUAUUCUCUGCUUGCAGGCCCUCGACGAGGCUGCGUUUCUAGACCAGUUUGAGCCGCGGUUGGCCGAGGUUGGCUACGACGGGCUCUUCCGCGCCUCGGGCACCGGGGACGGUGUCGCCAUCUUCUACCGUGCUGACGUGUACUCGGCGGUCUCGGCCCACGCGAUCGCACUCGACACGCUUGCCGCCGACAAGCUCGUCGGACUCGACCGCACCGACCCAGCCGCCAAGAUCUACGGCAAGGUCGCCGGCAUGCACCACCACAACGUGGCACUCACGGUUCUCCUCCGCGAGAAGAAGCUCGACAUGGCCAACCAGACCGACCGCAUCAUCGCCGUCUCUAACGUCCAUCUCUGCCCGCUGUAUAUGGAUCCUGAAGGCGCCGACGCAGCGCGAGUGGUGCAGACGACCCAGACCACUCUCUUUCUCGAGGAGCUCGACCGCAUUCUCAAGCACGCCUCGACCGGGACCAAGCUCUGGGACUGGCCGCAGAUUGUGGUGGGCGACUUUAGCUCGUACGCGCUCGACGGGCCGGCCUCGCUGCUCAAGGCCCAGUUCCCGCUCGCACACCCGUUCCCGGUCGCAGACUUGCCAGGCAUCAUUUCGCACGCCCAGGACCUUGCCGAGACUUACGGUCCGUUUGCCAACGCAUACCACAUCUUUGACCACGUCUUCUUCUCCGAGCACCACUUUGGGCUCCGCUCGCUCCUUGGUCUCCCGCUUGAUCCUGUGUUCCAUGCUCCGCUACCCAACGCUGCCCAGUGCUCCGACCACAUUGCGCUUGUCGUCGACCUUGGCACCAUCUCGCAUCGGCUCAUCUCCCACCAAUGA